GAACCUCUCAUGCUUUCGCAACAAACUUCACUCGUUAUACAUACUGACAAUCUUAGUGGAAUUGUGGCCGACUACUGACUGCGGCCUGUAGCCGCUUCCUUGUCAGGUGCCUCCCAUCUUCCCUCACCACAUCUUCAUCAACAUGUUCAACAUCGAAUCCACAGCCGAUCCUACCGCACUCGAUGACGGAACCUAUCUCUUCGACCAAACUCACGAUGAUCUCCUAUCGAUGCCAAUGUCCAAUGAUAGUAUACAUCUGAAAGGCGGCAUCACACCUAUACCUGGGUUUAGUAACUUGGGCUACGGCCGGGAAUCGAGUGCAUCGUCCGUGCACUACGGCGAUUCUCACGAUACAUCGGAACUGGGUACAAGUCACGAGGGAGAAGGGUCUACCCCAAGCGCUUUCGUUAAUGGAUAUGGGACCAACUAUACUCCUUCGCCACUGCAAAAACCAUUCACACCAAACUCAGCCAUCAACGGCAUGACUAAUACCCAGAACAAACAAAUGUCGCAUCUGAACGACGACAAUUCGCAUGCGAUUCCUGACGGAAACGACGCGAAACCCCAUCUAUCAUUAAGGAACCAUCGAGGGGAUGCUGCAUUCAUGGCAAGAACACCACAAAGCCUGAGUCGCGCAUCACAAUCAUCUUCAACUCCUGAGCUCCCACAGCCGCACGAGCAACAGAAGAAGCAUCGGAGAACAAAUUCGCUCCCGGCAAAAGGGAAAGUCAACGAGAUGAAGGCAAAUUCAAGCAUACCUGCAGAGCUCUCGUGGCCGGAGUUUGGCCGACAGUGCAUUCUAGCAGCGGAGAACAGCCGGCUGAAUCCGUUCACCUUACAUCCUGCUGAGUACAAGUUGUUACGAGAACAUGUAACUCACGCCCAGGUCACCAUCUAUUUGAACAUCAGGAAUGCGAUACUUCGGCUAUGGCAUCGUAAUCCUCUGGUGUAUGUCUCUCUCGAAGAAGCUGCAGGAUGCGCCCGCGACAGGCGCCAUUUCGGUCUAGCAAGGGUAGCAUAUCUAUGGCUUAUGCGGAACGGCUAUAUCAAUUUCGGAUGUGCUGAAGUACCUGACACUACCGGUACACUCCCAAAAUCGAAGGUUAAAGUCGCACGCAGACGUUCAAUCAUUGUGGUCGGUGCGGGUAUGUCAGGAUUAGGAUGCGCUCGCCAUCUGGAAGGAUUGUUCGCCCAGCUAGGUGAUCAAUUAACAGAAGCGGGCGAACUUCCACCGAAGAUCACAAUACUAGAAGCUCGUCCGCGUGUUGGUGGCCGGGUUUACUCGCAUCCUUUUCUCAAUCAGCUCAGCUCAACGCUCCCUCCUGGACAUCGUUGUACAGCUGAGAUGGGCGCCCAGAUCGUCACCGGAUUCGAGCACGGCAACCCGUUGAACGCGAUCAUCCGAGGUCAGCUCGGUAUACCCUACCAUGGCCUCCGCGAUAACACUAUACUAUACGACUACGAUGGGACGGUGGUGGAGAGAAGCCAGGACAUCCUGGUGGAGAAGCUGUACAAUGAUGUUUUGGAAAGAGCGGCAGUAUAUCGGAACAAGCCAGCGGCUCAUAGGACAGUGGAGGGUGAUCGUAACUUGAUGGCCUUUGGUCGUGAGCCAGCCGAUGUCGAUGGGCCUACUGUUGCUGAGCUAGAACAUUCUGAUGCUCCUUUGGCCGCAAAUGCUACGAGCACAGCGUCAACGAAGCAAGAAAAACCAACAACGGGGGUAGAGAAGCUAGCGGGCAGGGCAUACCAGCUCAGCGCAGGCUUCAACCCGGAUGUUACGGCAGCUGAAACGGUCCAAAGUAUGGGUUGGGAGCUCAAAGCGGGUGCAUCGAAGAUGCAGUCUUUAGAUCUCGAUACGAUUGCGAGAGCAUCCGAGUAUCCCACACUUGGACAGACAAUGGACGAAGGUCUCCUUCAGUAUCAAUCACUGGUUGAUCUCAAGCCCAGAGACAUGCGUUUGUUGAGUUGGCAUCACGCCAAUCUCGAAUAUGCGAAUGCUGUUAGCGUCAACCAGCUUAGUCUAAGCGGCUGGGAUCAGGAUAUUGGCAAUGAAUUCGAGGGCGAACAUAGUGAAGUAAUAGGAGGCUACCAACAAGUCCCGCGCGGUCUAUGGCAAUGUCCCAAUCGAUUGGAUGUCCGCUUUAGCACCCCCAUCAAAGCCGUUCAUUACAAUACCGACGGACAGCAUAAAGGCAAAGCUGUUAGAAUUGAGUGCGCAAACGGCGAGUUUUACGAGGCCGACCAGGUCGUUCUGACCACCCCUCUGGGAGUGCUGAAGUCUGGAUCGAUCAAGUUCGAACCUCCUCUCCCUGACUGGAAGCAGGACGUUAUAGAACGAAUGGGUUUUGGUCUCCUCAACAAGAUUGUUCUGGUGUACGAAAAAGCCUUCUGGGAGCCAGACCGAGACAUGUUCGGCCUGCUCAACAAAGCAGAAGACGAAGCCAGCAUGCAACCCGAAGACUACUCCGCCAAACGUGGACGGUUCUAUCUCUUCUGGAACUGUAUAAAGACGAGCGGAAAGCCAGUGCUGAUAGCGCUAAUGGCAGGCGACGCUGCUCACUACGCCGAAGCGACAUCGAACGAUCAGCUCGUCAAAGAGGUUACGGACCGGCUCGAUGCGAUGUUCGCACCGAACCACGUUCCCCUGCCGUCAGAAGCGAUUGUAACGCGGUGGAAGAGAGACCCAUUUGCUCGAGGCAGUUACUCAUAUGUUGGGCCAAAGACACAGGCAGGUGACUACGAUGUGAUGGCGCGGCCACAUGGCCCACUGCACUUCGCUGGUGAAGCGACUUGUGGCACACAUCCCGCAACGGUGCACGGCGCGUACCUAUCAGGCCUCCGGGUCGCUGCAGAGGUUGCUGAGACAAUUUUGGGGCCCAUCAAGAUACCAAGUCCACUCGUUGAGAAGAAGGUGAUCAAAGUAGAACAAUCUCCAGCGACACCCAGCAUAGAAACGAAGCGCCGAUUCGAGCCCGCCGUUACAACAUCAACACCAAGAGAGGACAAAUCUGGGCGGGUACAACGCGACGAAGACUACGAAGCUGCUAUCAUAGGGGCUAUUCUAGACCAAAUUGGUGAACGUCCGAUCAAGCCAGGACGUACAGGUGUCAACCCGUUCCUACUGUUCACCAAAGACUUCUGGUACAUCUGCAAGCAGGAGUGCGAUGACGCUCACAAAGCGAGGACAGGCAACCCCGAGGCCAAAGCACCGAAACAGGAGAUUCGUAAUGCAGUUGGCUUGAGGUGGCGCACAGCAGAGCAAGAAGUCAAACAGCCGUACCUGGACCAAGCCAGUACUGCACGAGACGACGCGACGGCGAGCACAGCAGACUUCAAAGAACGCGUAGAUACGUGGGACAAGGAAGCUGCACGCAUACGGCGCGAAUACAUUCAGGCCAACCCUCCAGAGGGUGGCAACGAAGAGCUCAUUCUCAACAGUCGCACGGCCAUUGAGCUGGGGGCUGGCAAGCGACUGCGGAGAUUAUGAGGCUGCUGUUGUGGCGACGUUCUUUUGUUGCAUUCAUUCAUGUGUUAUAUCUGUAUGCUGGGCGCCAUAUCCCCGGUGUUUGUGUAGUUUUUUUCUUUCUAUGGUUUGCAUGGAAGCUGCGAUGGAGUUCGGGUAAAAGGGUGAA